AUGGUCAGCAGUGUUACCACAAAAUCCAAGAUGGCGCGUAAUUGUGAAAAGAAGUUGAUCGGUUUGAAUCGAAUGUACAUCAAAAAGCAACAAGAAGACGAAAAAAUAAAAAAUCCUUCUCGACCUCCACUUUGUUCCUUACAUUCUGUGCAAGAGAUCAAGAAUUGGAUUCCAGGAAUUAAAAGGGAAUUAGAUUAUUGUCUUGAACAAUUAUCUGGUGCUCGGCAACACCAGUACCCUGAAAGGAAAGUUAAAGAAUUUGAAGAAAAAGUUAAAAUUCUUGAGAAAGAUUACAAGAGGUUUGUGCAAAAAAUAUUUGAGCUUGAUCCUCAAACAUCAGGAAUACCAUGGCAACCACGGGGAUACACAAGCAAACGAAAGUCCUCAGCCUCAGCAUCUGACCAGAUACCAAAAAAGAAAAUAUGCACACCAUUGAUGGAUAAGGAGAAAAAGUAAAAGGUGUUCAAUUUGUUAUAGAUAGCAUAUUCAAGAAAAUUCACACUGAAUUACCUAUAAAGUUAAGACUCAU